AUGCGACAGCGCGCCGUCCCGAGCGACGCGACCGCCAGCGCGGGCGACGCGCACGAGAACGUCGUGACCCGUUCCGCGCGUCGCGUGCUGCAAACCGUCGACGUGUACCCGAAGAUGCACUGCGAGUUCAACGUGCAGACCGAGUGGGGCGCGCGGGUCUCCCUACUCGCAGGUCUGGUCAUGCUCGUGCUCUUGACGUCGGAGCUGCACGCGUACUGGCGGCCCAACACGCACGAGCAUAUGGUCGUGGACGCGUCGCUCAAUGCGAAGCUACAGGCGCAUGUGGACAUUAGUUACUUGGCGCUCAACUGCCGCGACGCGCACAUGAACGCGAUGGACGUCGCGGGGGAGCUGCAGGUGAACAUGCACCAGACAAUGGUCAAGACCCGUCUGGACAGCCGCGGGCAGGCGAUUGGACGGCCCAUUGCAAUGCGCAAAGACGGGACGGCGAGUGCACCAGGAGACGAGAAGGCAGACGAAGCAGUGGACGCCUGUGGCAGCUGCUACGGAGCUACGCACCCGGCAGGCAAAAGCUGCUGCAACACGUGUGACGACGUGAAGGAAGCGUUCGUGAGCAGUGGCCAAUCGCUGGAGGAAGCGAGCCAGAAGGCACAGUGUGUGCGCGAGAGCGUGGAAGAAGAGACACUGGCGCAGGACGGCGAAGGCUGUCGGUUCACAGGCACUAUGCUCUUGAACCGCGUGGCCGGCAACUUUCACGUGGCACUUGGACAUACGUUCCAUCGACAGGGAAAGCUUAUGCACCAGUUUCGACCGGGCGAGGAGUACUCGUACAACUCGAGCCACGUCAUUCACAGCUUAUCGUUUGGCGAGCCCGUGGCUGGUGUCGCUGGUCCUCUUGACGGAGUAUUGAAGAUUGCGGCACAGCAUGGCGGCGUGUUUCAGUAUUACAUCAAGAUCGUGCCCACGAUCUACGGUGGUGUUGACGACAAGCCGAUCUACUCGUACCAGUUUGCGGUCACGCAGCAGAGCAACUAUAUGGGCCCCUUCGGACAGAUGAAGUCGCUGCCGGGCACUUUUUUCGUGUACGACCUGUCGCCUUUUAUGGUGAAGGUGGAGAAUAAGCGCAUGCCAUUCACGCAUUUCCUCACCAAAGUGUGUGCCAUCGUGGGCGGCGUCAUCUCGAUUGCUGGCUUUGCCGAUUCGUUUAUGUACAAUUCGCUGCACGUGCGUCGUUCGGCCACUGGUGGAGGGGCGAGUAAGUUUGGCUAG